AGUCCAACAUAAAACCUAACAUAGGAAACUCCGUCAUUUCAUUACCGACCACCUCAAUUCUUCCGAAUAAUUACUAUAAAUGAAUAAAUUCCAUUCUCAACAACCCAAUGCAAUCUUCAACACUUUCAACUACAACAUUCACCUCCAGCUAUCAUGAACAACGGCGGCGCCGCCUCUUCCUCCGGUGACGCCACCGUCGUCAAACGCAGAAACACCACCACCCAUCAUUCCAACGGUGUUAACAACCUAACAACCGAUUCAAUGCCGACUAAGAACUCUUCUUCUCUCUAUUCUUCAGCUUCCUUCAUGAAAUGGACCUUAGAUGAUGUUGUACACGUGGCAACACAUCAUUGGAUGCUUUGUUUGUUUGCUUUUGGUCUUUUGUUCUUCAUGGCUGUAGAAUACACGCUCCUUAUGGUUCCUUAUUCUUCUCCUCCGUUUGAUUUGGGUUUCGUUUUCACACGCUCUCUUCAUCGUAUUCUUGAAUCUUCUCCUCAGAUGAAUAAUCUCUUUGCUGCACUCAAUACGGUAUUUGUGUUAAUGCAAACAAGUUAUAUAUUAUGGACUUGGUUAAUUGAAGGACGUCCUAGAGCUACAAUUUCAGCACUUUUCAUGUUUACAUGUCGUGGGAUUUUGGGGUAUUCUACUCAGUUACCAUUACCUCAGGGAUUUUUGGGUUCUGGUGUGGACUUUCCAGUUGGGAAUGUGUCAUUUUUCUUAUUCUUUUCGGGGCAUGUGGCGGGUUCGGUGAUAGCUUCAUUAGACAUGAGGAGGAUGAAGAGAUGGGAGAUGGCAUGGACUUUUGAUGUGUUGAAUGUGUUGCAAGCUAUUAGGUUGCUUGGUACAAGAGGUCAUUAUACUAUUGAUUUGGCUGUUGGGUUAGGUGCUGGUUAUUUAUUUGAUUCUUUAGCUGGUAAGUAUGUUGAAGAUAGCAAGAGGAAAAUUGCUAAAAAUAGUGUCAAUGGUCAUGUCUCCAAACAUGAUUUGGUUACAUGAACAAUAUGGAACUUUAGCUAUAAGGUACACAAAAUGUGUGAAAUUUUUGUAGUGAAAAAGAGGAAGAGUUUGAAUUGUAAUUGUAAUGCAAACUAGGGUAGAUGACCUGUGCCAAAUACAGGUUAGUUUUUCACUAUAAAAAAAUGUAGAUCAUUUUGUACUAUCAUGUGAAGUUCUAUUUAUGUCACUAAUUGUUUUAAUAAUCAUUAUAUCUUGUUGCAAAAAUAUAUUUGAUGUAA